ACUCACCUUUAAACGAAUAAUCAGUGGCUGGCGCGUCCGCCACUUCAGUCGCGUUCAAGUUUUGUUUUCGAAAGGUGGUGAAAAAACCGCGUCAAAAUGCCGUCUGAAAAGUCCGUUUACCUGCCCAACCCUUCCGUGGCGAAAAAUGCGUUCGUCUCGUCCUUCGCACAAUACCAGGAAAUGUACCAGAAAUCGAUAGACAACCCUGAGGAGUUCUGGGGUGAAAUCGCCAAGCAAUUCUACUGGGAGACCCCGAUCGACAUUAACUCGUUUUUUCGCUACAAUUUUGACAUCAGAAAGGGGCCCAUUUACACCAAAUGGCUGGACGGGGCGACCACGAAUAUCGCCUAUAAUUUGCUGGAUCGAAAUGUGAAAAAUGGGUUCGGGGACAAAGUUGCGUUUUAUUGGGAGGGGAACCACCCGGACGAUUACAGCCGCCUAACUUAUAAAAAAUUACUGGAGGAAGUUUGCAGAUUUGCGAAUGUUUUGCGAAGUAAAGGAGUGAAAAAAGGCGACAGGGUUGCUGUUUACAUGCCUAUGAUCCUUGAAGCUGUGAUAACCUUACUAGGAUGUGCACGGAUUGGAGCAGUUCAUUCCCUUGUGUUUGCAGGAUUUUCGGCCGAUUCUUUCGCCGAACGCAUCCUCGACUGUGAAGCCCGCGUUCUCGUAACAGCAGACGGCGUCUGGCGAGGAGAAAAACUCCUCUCCUUGAAAAAUAUCUGUGAUCAAUCGAUGAAUAAAUGUGCACAGAAAGGCCACAAUGUGAAAACUUGCAUAGUGGUGUCGCACUUGGGCCGCGUUACUUCGCCAUCUGGGGUUCAAAAGAAUCGGAACAAUAAAACGCCAAUGCAAGAAGGUCGCGAUGUUUGGUGGCACGAUAUUGUUCCUCAAGCGUCAACUGAUUGUGUGCCAGAGUGGGUUCAAGCUGAAGAUCCCUUGUUUAUGUUGUACACGAGUGGUUCAACUGGAAAGCCCAAAGGUGUGGUACACACAACAGCGGGGUAUUUGUUGUACGCGGCCACCACGUUUAAAUACGUGUUUGAUUACAAGCCGAAUGAUGUUUAUUGGUGUACUGCUGAUAUUGGCUGGAUCACUGGACACACGUAUGUGGUGUAUGGGCCGUUGGCGAAUUGUGCAACUUCGGUUCUGUAUGAAGGAACUCCAUUUUAUCCAAAUAAUGACAGAUUCUGGCUAGUCGUUAAAAAGUAUAAGGUUAAUCAGUUUUACACUGCCCCUACUGCCAUUAGAGCUUUAAUGAAAUUUGAAGAUGAUCUUGUUAAAAGAGUCGACCUAUCCUCUUUAAAAGUAUUAGGCUCAGUUGGUGAGCCAAUAAACCCUGAAGCUUGGAUGUGGUAUUACAAACUAGUCGGAAGAGAAAAAUGUUCAAUUGUUGACACCUUCUGGCAGACUGAAACAGGGGGUCAUGUUUUGACACCGCUUCCUGGGGCAACUCCUAUGAAACCAGGCGCUGCUGCAUUCCCCUUCUUUGGCGUCCAACCAGCCCUCUUGGACGAGUCCGGCAACGAGAUAAAGGGCGAAGGUGAAGGUUACCUCGUUUUCGCUCGCCCUUGGCCCGGCAUAAUGCGCACCCUUUACAACAACCACCCCCGAUACGAAACCACCUACUUCUCCAAAUUCCCUGGCUAUUACUGCACUGGAGACGGUGCUCGAAGAGACGCCGACGGCUAUCUCUGGGUCACAGGACGUGUUGAUGACAUGUUGAACGUCUCCGGACAUUUAAUGUCAACCGCUGAAGUCGAAUCGGUUCUAACCGAACACCCGAAUGUUGCCGAGGCUGCAGUUGUUGCAAAACCACACCCAGUCAAAGGCGAAUGCCUUUAUUGUUUCAUCACAACGACGGACACGACUCGCUUUGACGACAAGUUGUUGACUGAGUUGAAGCAGCUUGUCAGAGAGAGGAUAGGACCUUUUGCACAGCCUGAUGUUGUGCAAAAUGCGCCAGCUUUGCCUAAGACAAGGUCCGGGAAAAUAAUGCGGAGGAUUUUGCGGAAGGUGGCUGUUAAUGACCGAGAUGUGGGGGAUGUGAGUACGUUAGCUGAUAGUCAUGUUGUUGAGGAGUUGUUCGCGAGUCGACCAGUGAACGCUUAGGGUUGUUGUUGAUCUGUUGAAAUAUACUUAAUUGUUGUACCAAUACGAAACUUUAGUUUUAUAAUAGAUAAAUUGUAUUAUUGUAGUUUUUAUUUUGAGAGUUUUUUACAGCACGCAAGCUAACAUGUCUCUGAAAAGAGUUAUAGAAAUAAAAGGCUGAUUUUAUGUAGGUUAACGUAGAGCAGCACUUCACAUUAACUAACUAAAUAGGUAAGUAUUUCUUGCACAAAAAUUUUUUGUUGGUUGUGUUUUUUACUUACUGUUACACUGAAAGUGUCUACGCAUACGAGUCCUUGCUAACCUACAUAUCAUGAUCAGAGAGUGUAUACAUAUGUUUUGAUAAAAUAUACUUAUUCUAGAUUCAGGUGCAAUCACUAUUAUUUUUUUAUUUAUACGUUGUAAAUGUAUAGUUGAAGGAAAAUAUUCAAAUGUACGCUUUAUGAAAAUAUGUAGAAAUUUAAUUAUUCAAGCAAUUUAUUGUGCGGAGUUUAGUAAUAUUGGCAUGAUUGUUAUAAAUCAAUUUAUGUACACAUCUAAUUGCUUGUAAUGUAUUUAUGUAAGUAUAUGUUGUACUGAAUAAAGAGGAAAGCAGUGA